UAAUAAGAGAUACAAAAAAACAAAACUAGGAAAUGCUCGUUUCACGAGCGAAAUGACGGAAACUCUAUUUAACUUUGAAGUUUACCGAGACGUUGACAUCGAUACCGCAGUAUAGUGAUGUAAAUGAAGCCGCAACUCGGUUGUCUGGUGUUAACAGACUGCGUAUAACCGGCCAUUCGCAGCCAGGACGACUCUGUGAGAAGCGAAAUUUUUUCACAUUUGGCCCAUACCGAUAAUUUUCAGUGGAUCGGCGGAGGAGCCAUGUCACCGGAACUGCAGAACGGAUCGCGAGAAAUCGACGUAGAACCGGGAGAAUCGGAUCGCCUGUCGAAUACCUGGCUCGAGUGAAAACGGAAGAUCGCCGUGCAAUAAUCGUGGAUCGACACGCGUGAUCGGUCCAACAGCUUGGAACCUACGGCCUCCCCGCUGGCCUGGCCAGCUACUAUGCGAAUUGAAGCUCUCAGCACCCUCGUCGCGGUGGUUUGGCUGACCGCAGUCCUGUGCCCGCGGCUUGCUGCCGCCAACAACCUGACUUUAUCCUUUUCCUCUCGUAAGACCAGGGAACAUCCUUUCAGGGGACAUAUCUCUCGCUGGACGCAGACUUUAGAGGAUACUACCAAACGGAUGACUUAUCGAGAGAUGAACAUGAUUCUGCGACACGAAGGAGGCGAGGACGGGCUUCCAGUCGAUUGCUGUCCUACGGUAGAGGAAAUGGUGGAACCGGUCGGCGGUCGAAAUCGGGAAAACAUGUAUGUUCAACUGUAUCGGGAUGGCCAGAACGCCCAGAGGUUCUUCGAGUACUCCUGCAGGCCAGACGUCCUCGACAAGCCGUGCAGGUUCAUCGACCGGAAGUUCACCAACCAGUCCAGAUGUGUGCAGAAGUUCUCGUAUACUUAUGCUAUCAUUGAAAAUUCUGGAUCGACGGGUGGAAAAGAGGAACACGGGAGACAUCGGCACAGAGAACGCAUGAUUCCUACAUUUGCUGGAAACACAGUGGGUGGAUCGAUGUGGACAUUAGACUACAUCAAAGUACGAAGUGGCUGCAGCUGCGAGAUCAUGCCGAAACUAAAAAAAAAGAAAAAAUACAAGAAAAGCAAGCCAAGGGAUCAAGACUUAGAUCCGGAGACUUGAGAUUUCCGUAGAAUCAGGACAGAUUGUUCUACCUCCGAGUACGCGAUAUCAUUAUUAAAAAACAUAUUUUAUGGUCCGAUCGAAAUACAUUUUGAAUCGAUGAAAAAACUAAUAAAAAAAAGAAACGAAAUAUAUAUUCGUUUUUCGGACCGAUUAAAAUGUUACCAUAAUAGAAAGGAUUAUCUUUCUAGCAAAGGUUGAAACGUUAAUAUUAUUGUUAAAAGUACUCAAAAA